AUGACCGAGAAGGAAGUGCCAGAGCCGCCAGCUUCACCUGCUUCAGGUGGGAAACCCAAGAGCCGGCUGCAGAAGCUGAAGGAAAUCUUCCAGCGGAAGCCCAAGGAGGAGACGGCGCCGGAGCCACAGCCCAACGGGGAGCUGGUCAGCCCCUCGGGGGGCCCCAUCUUCUACAUCUAUGAGGAGGAGGAGGAGGAGGAAGAGGAGGAGGAAGCUGAGCCCCCUCCUGAGCCCCAGAAGCUGGUCAAUGACAAACCUCACAAGCUCAAGGAUCACUACUUCAAGAAGCCCAAAUUCUGUGAUGUCUGUGCCCGGAUGAUCGUCCUCAACAACAAAUUUGGCCUGAGGUGCAAGAACUGCAAGACCAACAUCCACCACCACUGCCAGUCCUACGUGGAGAUGCAGCGCUGCUUCGGCAAGAUCCCCCCAGGCUUCCGCCGGGCAUACAGCUCCCCCCUCUACAGCGACCAGCAGUGUGCAGGCAGCAAGGACCUGCUCUGUAACAGGAGCGACCCUGUGUUUGAGACCCUGCGGACAGGAGUCAUCAUGGCCAAUAAAGAGCGCAAGAAAGGGCAGGACGACAAGAAAAACCCUUUGGCUGCAAUGAUGGACGAGGAGCCAGAGUCUGGGAAGCCGGAAGGAGGCAAGGCUGAGGGUGGCACCUCUGAAGGGGACAAAAAGACUGAGAAGAGUCCAGCAGAUGACAAGAGCAAGAAGCUGCAGCCAGGCUUCCCCCAGUCCCACUACUUUGUGGCUCUCUACCGCUUCAAAGCCCUGGAGAAGGAUGACUUGGACUUCCCGCCAGGGGAGAAGAUCACGGUGGUGGAUGACUCCAAUGAGGAGUGGUGGCGGGGGAAGAUCGGUGAGAAAGUUGGCUACUUCCCCCCCAACUUCAUCAUCCGGGUGCGGGCGGGCGAGAGGGUGCACAAGGUCACCAGGUCCUUCGUGGGCAACAAGGAGAUUGGGCAGAUCACACUCAAGAAGGACCAGAUCGUGGUGCAGAAGGGUGAGGAGGUGAAUGGCUACGUCAAGGUCUACACCGGACGCAAAGUUGGACUCUUCCCAGUGGACUUCCUGCAGGAGAUCUGAGUGGGGCAGCGUCCGAGGGUCCCUGCAGCCUGGGGGGGCACAGAUGCACCCUGGCUGCAGGAUGCUGCCAGGGCUGGGGAUGGGCACCCCUGUCUCCCAGGCCUGCAGCAAUGUGGUCUCUGGUGAGGACCGAGGACUGUGGAGGUGCAGCUCAGGCUCUUUCCCUCGUGGGGUUUUUGGUGCCUUCAGAGACAUUGGGUGCAAGGACGGGGCACCUCCAGACUCGCUUUGGAGGCCACCCAGCCCCUCCCUUGCCAGAGGUGGUGGCUGUCAGGUGCCUCAGGGGGGGGUCAGCAUGGUCCUGCCUGGCUGUUUUGUGUGACUCUG